AUGUCUUCCCGAAUACCCAUGCGGGCCGUGAUCGACCUGCGCUCCCUCUCAUCAGCUCUCCCCAGCACAACAUUCGCAGCACGAAGGGCGUUCCUUCACAAUGCCUCCUCCUCGACCCAAUUCCGUGAAUCGCAUCCGGAAACGCCCCCGCAAACAGCUACCACGGAAUCACGGGCCGCUCCCCAGCAAUCGAAACAACAACUGCCUCCGUGUACCACUCAUGACCUCCCGCCAGUUCUCCAUACUAGCAUUCCAUCUCCUAAAGCACCUAUCCCCCCAACGUUCACCGAACCUGUCAGCGUUACUGACGCUAUUCUAAACCUUCUCCCACACCUCACUUCUCAGUCGCCACAUUACGUGACCGCACACAUUCACGCCCGGCCCUAUUUACUCACCGUUGGCGAUACAGUUCGCCUGCCCUUCCUUAUGCCAGAUGUUGAGACCGGCGAUAUCAUACGUUUAAACCGUGCAUCUGUGUUAGGAUCUCGAGAUUUUGUAUUUAGAGGCGCUCCAUAUAUCGAUGAGCGUAUGUUCGAGUGCCGCGCAAGAGUGUUAGGUGUGGAGUCGGAGCCGAUGCGAAUGAAAGAGAAGACAAAGAGGAGACAGAGGCAUGUCCAGACAGUUAGGAGUAAGCACAAGUAUACGAUCUUAAAAGUGAUGCAAAUUAAGAUCAAGACAGUGGAUGAGCUGAUGGCGGAAGGGGCAAAGCUUGAGCAGAAGGGAGGGAGCUUGUGA